CGCGUUUUGACAUGGCUAACUAAGUUAGUCCGACGAACUAACUUCAUACUCAGAGUCCGCGGAGGUGUUCGUAGCACGCUUUGCACAUAAAACCUGCCCCGAUGCCAUGAUGAGUUCCUGGCUCUUUGUACCUCUUCUUGCUCGGGCUGUAUUUGCUCAUCGUCCCUGUGGAUGCUGUCCUUUGCUUACGAAUUUGGAAUGUUCACAGAGCUUACGGAGUACUUUUGAUUUUUGUACAAUGUACACCCGCCGGGUUUGGCGGCUCGCGGGCUCGCCGUGGCAAUCGAUGCACGGACAACAAAAUCGACACGCCAAGAUCGAAUACGACUCUAGCUUCUAAUUCAUUUAGGUUUUGGCGAUGAGCCACUCUUGGCCUUGGACGCGAGCCAAUCCCCAAGCCUCGUACGGAGUAUUGCAGUCCCCUUAAACCGUGAGGGUUCUCCUCUACUCAGGUGGUAA